AUGGCAUUCAAGAAAACUCAAAUUUCCAAGAUGCCCAGCGUUCCAGGUAAGACGCCCGACUCCCAGAAAGUCGAAUUUGCUCCAUUAGCAACCACCACAUCCCCUUGGAUCGUUCCCAAGAAGAAAACAGGUGUCGGCCACUUGGGCGACGCUCAAAAACCUGUUUUGAAGAGCGGCGCUGCCCAUCUUCGUUCAAACAACCCCUUCGAGUGUUUACGGUCUGAGAACACAAAGAAGAAGAGACGCCCACAGCCAGCCAACAAACCACUCUUGACUGCCAAUGUUCAUCCCGAUGCCAGGGCCGCCGCUAGGCAUGCUUUUGGUGCUCUUGGCGACAAGAAAAACGCUGGUGUUGUCGUUUCAAUCAAGGAAGAGGCUGACGAGGUGAUUACUAGGAUCGUCAAAGAGGCCAACAGGCCUCUGAAAAAGGCUCCCAAGACGUCGUCCAACGUCGGCGGCAAAACCACUAACAAGAAACAAGGUUCUAAGGCCCACAUUCCGUUCGAAUUUCCUGUGGACUUCAAAAUCAUGGUUUCGCUGGACCCUCUGGGUAACACCAAGGUUGAGCACCAGAGCAGUAAAAUGUCUCGUGCGCGCGACAUUUUGGCUGCGAAAGCUCAGGGUCCCUCAUACAAUGCCGCCACGCAUAACGUCAAGAGCCCCAAGUGCGAUAAGGCAAAAAUAGCACUUGACGGUAGAAGUAAGCUGGAGAAAAAUGGCGUGAAAACGGCUUUGGAGAAGUGCCAGAGCGGCAAAAACCAUGGUAAAGUUGAUAUUCGCGACAUUUGCUCUUCUGGCCCGAAAAGCCGGCUUUUUGGGUGUUCAGAGAGCCCAGUACAGCUUCCUAGGCCUUCCAAGGCCCAGUUUGAGCCAGUUAAGACUCCCAAGGCAGUUUGGCCCGUCAAAAAACCGCUUUCAGUGCCUAGAACGAAGUAUAACGACAUUUUCUUAUAUAACGAGGACUUUGGUCCUUCUGGACUUGGCUGUUCGAAGGAUAUGGAGAGAUCCAGAAAACAGUCCGUGUCCUUGAGAAAAAAGAAGGGAAAACCUUUGGUGAUGUCGAAGAAGUUUGGAAAAGCUCGGAUAUGCUCCUCACCAGAUGAUGCUGGUAUUUUUUUUGAGAAAUCCAAGCUCCCAGAACUGUCUCCAUCGCCCAAGGCGACCCAGAAGAAGAAGAAAAUGACGAAAAAGGAGAAAAAGGAGAAAACGCAGCAAAAAGUGACAGAAAAGACAGAAAAAGAGGCCUCGCCAGCCAAUCCUGAGACACUUUCAACCUCUCUGGCCCCUCAGGCCAGGAUUCCGUCCCAGGAAGCCUCUUCCAAGGCGCCCCAGUCGCCCAAGGCGCCCCAGCCGGCGCCAGUUUCUUCCAAAAAGUCUUCCAAGACCCCAGAAUCGCCCAUUUUUAUGGCCCCAGAGUCUCCAGCCCAGAUUACCGAGCCUUUCCUUGGGUCUCCCUUCACCUCGCCUGAACCUGUUUGGUGGUCGCCAGAACCUCCAUUGGAUACAUCCUCUCCAGAGGUGAAGACCAAUGCAAAUGUGAACUCACCAGAGGUUCCAAAGUCGUCGUUGCCGUUGGUGUCGGUUCCUUGUGUUCCUUCGGUGCCGUUGUCGUUGCCUCCUGCUUGUCUGGCGUUUGACUUCUAUACGGCUGGUAUACACGAUAUGGUGGUUAACCCUUGGGCUUCUGUUCAGCCAGGCACUGAAACGGCUUCUACGGCUACGCCAGUGGUUUCUGUUGUACCUUCUCGUUGUCCUUCGCCUCCUGUGUUUGCUGCUGCUGCAGUGGAGACCCCAUAUUGGCCUUUUGACUGUUCUAAGGCUAGUGAGGUGGAGGAACCACUUAAAGAGGCUUCUGAAUCUGUUGAUACUCUUCAAGUGACUAGGUGUGUGUCUCUGGGUGCUUCUGACGUUGCCUCUCUUCUCGAAUUGCCCCUUGCGGUGGUUAAAGAGGCAGCUGAAUCUCUUUUUGACAUGGAGACGCCUAUGGAGGCUCCAGUGGCUCCAGUGGCUCCAGAGACUCCAGAGACACCUUUGGAGACUGUUGAUGUUGACGUUACUGAAGUGACUUCUCCCGUUUUGGCUCUUUCCUCUUCUGAAGCUUUUGCUGAUGAAACUGUGGAGCCAGAGAAGCCUUCGUUGCUGGUGGUUGCUGAACCUCAGCUUCCUCUUGAGCCUGUCCACUUAGAGACCCCCGUGGUCCUCGAGGCUCCUAUGGAGACGAAACCUACCGAGUCUGUUCCCGAAGAGGCCACCCAAACUGGUGAUGCCCAGACAUUGAAGGUUGAGUCGCCAGAGGUUGUUGAAGCUCCCAAGGUUGUUGACUCUCAGGCUUCUCCAUCUUCCACUCCUCAGGCUUCUCCUAAGGAACAAGGUGAACUUUCUGUGGCCCUUCCAACGCCAAAGACUUCGUCGUCUUCUCCUAAGACAUCGUCUUCGUCUUCAUCUUCGCAACUUCCUUCUACUGAGCCUGCAACACCUCCACAACCACCUUCUGUUCCUACUCCGGUAGCUUCACCUCCAAAGAAGGUUUCAGCCAUUGAGGCCUUGAAACAGAAGCUCAACGAGAAGGCCAACACCACUACCGUCCGUAAGGCUCAUAUCUACACGAACUCGAAGCAAGUCCUGAUCAAGAGCAAGAUCAGCACGCUUAAUGGCUUCUUCGAGGACGCUGGGUUCCAGAAGCCUGAGGAGAAGAAGGAAAAGGAGUUGCCGGUGAAGAAGCCUUUGAAGACAAGCAAGUUUGAAAAGAAGACAGAAAGGAAUACUACUAAGAUAGUCAUUCCUUCUACAAAGACAGAAACAGUCUCUUCUGUGCUGAAACUGUCGCUGGAACCAACCAAGACUCCCUCUUCUAUGGAGUCGUCGGUUCCGUUGUCGUCUUCUGUUGUCCCUUCUGUUUCUUCCGUUUCUUCUGUUUCUUCUCUUCCUUCCAAGCCUGAACAGUCUUUGGCCCAGAGAAGAGAUGCUGAAGCUGCUGCUCGUGCUAAGGCUGAUAAGAAACAGCAGUUAGCCAAAAGACUUGCUGCCUUGAAGAAGAAGAUGGACUCAGACACUGCCAAGCCGUUGCCGCUGCCGUUGCCGUUGCCCAAGAAGGAUGUGGAACCAGUUAAGGAGAUUCCUCCUGCUCCUCCUUUGCCUGAAGACCUUUUCGAUUCUGAUUCGGAGCCUUCCAACUCUGAAUCGUCUUCUGGCAAACCUGUUACGCCUUCUCCUGAGCCUACUGUCUUGUCGAGUUCUGUUCUGGAUAACAGCCUGAGCCUGGAGCCUUCUGCUACGCCUUCUCCUAAGUCAGAAGCCCAAAAGGCUGUUUCCACUGAACCUUCUUCACUCGAGUCUUCUCCUGAACCUGAGUCUUCCAAGGCUCUUCCUGAACCUGAAUCUUCCAAGGCUUCUACUCCAAAGACUGUCCUCUCUAAGGAUGAGAAGAAGGCUCAGUUGAAGCAGAGACUUGCUGCUUUGAAAGCCAAGAUGGAAGCUGAAGCUCCAAAGAAACCAGCCAAACCAGAAACCUCUUUGUUGUUGUCUGAUACUGUUAAGACGCCUGAGAUCCCUCCUGCUCCUGCCUUUCCUGAAGGUCUUUUUGAUUUGGAUUCAGGUGACUCUGAAACAGUCCCAGAGGUUUCUGCUGAAGUUGUUGAUGUUGGUUCUGAAGCUCCAGCUCCAGUUGAGGCUUCAGUUGAGGUUUCUGUUGAUGCUCCAGUUGAUGCUCCAGUUGAUGCUUCUGUUGAAGCUGCUCCAACUGCCUCUGUCGCUCCAGCUCUCGCUGAAGCUUCUCCAGCUCCCGUUGAAGCUGUCGCUUCAACUGCCUCUGACGCUUCUCCAGCUUCCGUUGAAGCUGGCGCUUCAACCGUCGCUGUCGCCUCCAAAGAAGAAAAGAAGGCUGCUUUGAAGAAAAGGCUUGCUGCUUUGAAACAGCGUAUGGCCGCCGAGGCUCCUCCAAAGCCUGUAAAGAAGGACGCUCUUCCAGUGGAGCCUGUCCAGGUUCCAGCCCUGGUUCCACCACCUCCAGCUCCUCCUUUACCUUCUGACAUCUUCAACGCCGUCCUUCCUUCUCCCGUUGAUCUUCCUGCUACUGAACCUCCUGUUCCAGAACCGUCACCAACCAAACCUUCUUCUCCAGUUCAAGUUGUCCAACCUCUGUCUGACUCUCCCCAGAACCAAACAGAUGGCCUUUCUAAAGAAGAGAAGAAGGCCCAAUUAAAAAAGAGACUUGCCGCCUUGAGGACCAAAAUGACCAGUGAUGCCCCAUCCAAGGGUACUUCCAAAGAUGGAAAGAAAUAUAAGGAAAGCGUUCCGGAAGCUUCUCCUUUGCCUGUGGACGUGAAACAGCCAGUACUUCUGGAGGCUCCCCCUCCUCCAGCUUCAUCGAUUCCUCCACCUCCACCGCCUCCUCCUCCAUCUUUGCUUCCUGUUGGUCCUCCUCCUCCACCUCCUCCAGCGCUUCCAGCAAGUCUUCUUCCAGCAGCAUCUGAAACUCCAGACGAACCUGAAGAUCCAACGGCUCCUUCUGAAGCGUACCUCGAAUUGGAAGCUAAGCUUUCUGCCAAAAAGAAGAAGAGCAUUGAUUUAUCUACCAUUAGCGACCAGAUCCCUGACUACUCCAAGAAGACGAACUUUUCUUCGAAGUUGCUGAAGAUGGCUUCCAAACUUGAAGCUGUUCUUCUUGCUGAUGGUAGGUUAUCGUUUGAUGGUCCCGUUACGCCUAUGAAUCUUCCUAAGCCAAAGAAAGCGUCUCUUCUUUCCAAAGACGAAGUGCCUAAAAAGAAACAUAACGGUAAGAACGCUGCUAUUUUGAACAAACUCGAGGGUCUUUUCAAAGACCGUCUUGACGAAAACAACGGUGUGAAGGAACCCAAAACGCCCAAAGUGUCCAAGUUCCAUAUCGACAUGGACCUGACUGAAGUGUUCAUUCCUCCUUCCCAUCCUAACUUUCCAAAACCAGCUGCUGGUCUGGGAACGGCUCCUCCUCCUCCUCCACCGCCUCCACCUGGUUUCUUGACUAAUGGGAAUGGUAAUGGCAAUGUUCCACCUCCUCCACCACCUCCACCAGCCUUUUUGAUGGCCAGUGGUGCUCCUCCACCGCCUCCACCGCCACCUCCAGCGUUUCUUACCAACUCAGCAGCUCCACCUCUACCUCCACCCCCUCCAGGGUUCUUAUUGGAUGCUGCUGGACCUCCACCUCCUCCACUGAACGUUCCUUUGACGAAGAAGGAACUUCCUAGUGUCAAGUGUAUUCAUGGGUCGUUUGAAGAGAAGAGGAAGGCGUUUGGUGCUUUCUUCUCUGCCCAUCCUAUGAAGAAGAAUGCUCCACCUCCACGGAUUGAGGCUCCCAAGAGGAAGGUUUUUAGCCAGGAUGAACUUGACAAGAUGAAGCCGUUUGAGAGGACCAGGGUUACUAUUGAAGGCCAUUUACAGGAUUUAAAGAAGAAGAAGAAGAAGAAGAAGAAGAAGAAGAAGAAGAAGAAGAAGAAGAAGAAGAAGAAGAAGAAGAAGAAGAAGAAGAAGAAGAAGAAGAAGAAGAAGAGGGCCCGUGCUGGACACGAGGACUCAAUAAGUUAUUAG